CAGAAGGGCUUCGGAGGAUUUGGAGGAUUUGGUGGAUUUGGUGGCCAUGGAUUCGGUGGACAUGGAUUCGGAUAUGGAGGCUACCGUGGAAAGAGGAGCCCAGUAGCUGAGCCUGAAGCCAAGGCUGUGGCUGUGGCUGACCCUGAAGCUGAAGCCGAUCCAGGUCACUUUGGAGGAUUCCACCGUGGAUUCGGAGGAUUUGGUGGAUUUGGAGGUCACGGAUUCGGAUAUGGUGGCUACCGUGGAAAGAGGAGCCCAGUAGCUGAACCCGAACCCGAGGCUGAGCCUGGAUUUGUUCAUGGAGGAUUCCAUCGAGGCUUUGGAGGAUUUGGAGGUCUUGGAGGAUUUGGUGGAUUUGGAGGUCACGGAUUCGGAUAUGGAGGCUACCGUGGAAAGAGGAGCCCAGUAGCUGAACCUGGAUUCGUUCACGGUGGAUUCCAUCGAGGAUUUGGAGGAUUUGGAGGAUUUGGUGGAUUCGGUCACUUCGGGGGAGGCAGAUAUUAUGGUUAAGACCAAAAUGCAAUACUACUUCGAAUUUUAAUACGAAUCUAAAUAAAGAAAAAUACUAUAAUAAUA